GAUACCACGCUUACACUCCAUAGUAGCACCCCCGCACUCUCCCCGGACCUCCCACCCAUCCAUCCAGUGAUCUACAGCGUCACUGUGCGUGAGUAUCAGCCUGUGUGCAGCCUGAUCCCUGAAGCUGACAGACUCAGGAUGAAGCUGAAGACGGUUGUUUUUACCCUGUUACUAACAGUGCUGAUUGCCUACUAUGUUUACCUCCCGCUCCCUGAUGGCAUCCAGGAGCCGUGGAAGCUGAUGAUGCUGGAUGCUGGAUUCCGCACAACGAUGCACUUGGUGAGAGAGAGAGAGAGAGAGAGAGAGGGAAAUAAUGGGAGUCAAUGUUGGACAUGUGAUGUUUGAUAGAGGAGUACAUGCUGCAAGUAUUUAACUUGCACUUACCAAAUCUGCACCAAUCUCCUUAUAUUUCUAUAGUUUAAAAAUGUCAAAUUAUGGAUUUACAAACAGAGAAAGAAUAAAGACUGGCAGGUGAAGUGCAUGUUAAAAAGUGGCAGUGAUAACCUACAACCAAGCUUGUGUAGACAUGGAUAUGAACUUUGGACCAAGCCUUGUAAAGUGAACCUAGACUUUUCUAUGCCUUUAUCAAUGAUCUCCAAAGUGGUCGUUACUCUCCUUUAAUUUGUGUUUAUUUUAAGUUGUUUUGAGAAGAUCUUAUGACAUGCAGAGGCGUAACAUUGGAGUUAUGAAGCAGAUCAUGCUUUUAAAAGAAACAUCAACACACUCUCAAAAAGAUAAAGUUGUGACUAGUCCACAUUGUUUCUCUUCACCCAGAGGGUUUUUUUCACGCUUGAAUCCAUUAGAGCUUGUUAGACACAGCAGUGUGAAAUGUACAAACUUCCUGAAACAGUUUUCUUCACCACAAUUACAGUUUAACUUUGUGUGUCUCUGUCGUCAUGGUGUUGAUCCGUUGCCAAGCAGCCAUCAGAUAGCUCAUUGUGGGCUCCCCUGGGGACACAGACCUUUUUUUACCUUUAACUGUGUCCCACAUUUUCAGAAGUCGCUGUAGGUGAAAAGUAACAAGCCACACAGGCUGAGAGAGUGUCACAUUGAUAACUGAUUACAGAGGCUUUUUGCGCCAACCCUGAUAACAGUAUUUGUUGUCAACAUUUAAUAAUAGUCUUAUCUGCCUUUUCUAAAUAUUGGAAAUAAGCACUUUGAGAUAAGAUCACAUUUAGUCCUGCAAUUGCAGACUGGUCAGCUUCAAUUUCUUUGCUCUUUAUGAUGUUUAUCUGUAAAGAUUGAUUGCUUGGUUGUAUUUUAUUUACACAUCACACACUUGCGGUGCCCAAUCAUCUUGAGUUUACCAGACACCAGGAACAGGGUUGCAGUGGUCCACUUAUUUAUCAUGAAGGAGUUGUUUCAAAGUGGCGUGUUCUUUUUACAGCUCAGUCUUCAACUUUGUAUCCUCCCUUUCCCCUCAGGCUUUGCAGAUAAAACCUGCUUUAAAAAGGUCUUGUUCUACAGCACAGCUGACUUUUAUCAGAAGAAAUCAGCGUUUAUUGAGUUUAUUUUACUAGUUAAGCACAUCCACCACUUCAUCAAAGAUAAGGCAGUAAGACAAACUUUUAAAUCUCAGUCUCACUUUACCACAAUCACAUCACUAACAAACUGUCAUCCAUUGAAUUGGUAUCAAACCUGCUGGAGGGUUUUUAGUUAAAACCCUGAUCUGGGCCUUCCAUAUGGAGCUUAAAUGGAUAAUCCGGUGUAAAAUCAAUUUAGGGUCAAACACAAUGUAACACAGAGUUAGACACCCCCUCGAGAGAUGAAUGUUGCCAACCGCUUGCUUCUCUAAUUAAACUAACUUUAGUAACAACCACACAAUAGCAAUACACAGCUGUCUGAGGAGCCAUAAACAAAUCUCAACCAAAACGCCACAAAUAAUGCUCCGAACAGAACCUAACUUCAUCAACAGUACAUAUAGGGUUCCAGCCAUAGUACUACCCACCAAACAUCUUUUUAACUUUGCCUAAUUUCUUGUUUCACACAACUCACCUACUCUCUUCCAGCAGCCUCUUGUUUGUACGGAAACCUCAGGCCAGUCCAUUACGGACUACAGCGGGGUGACGCAUCUCAAGGAAGAACAUCUAUGAUCAUUUCCUCAUGGAAAUGCAAUCAGACCGAAACGCUAAGGCAGAAGAACUACCGCGUCUGCAGUGAAAAAUGAUUAAUAUGGUGAUUUUUACUUCAAGGAAACGAUAAAGAAAUGAUCAUAAAUGUUCUUCCUUGAGCUGCGUCACCCCACAGCAGUCGAUGGACUCGCCCGGAGGUCUCUGUACAAACAAGUGACUGCUGAUAGAGAGAGGGUGAGUUGUGUGAAACAAGAAAUCAGGCUAAGCUAAAAAGAUGUUUGGUGUAUGUACUGUUGAUGAAGUUAGGUGCUGUUCUGAGCAUUAUUUGUGGCUAUAGAGUGGCUUUUGGUUGAGCGUGUGGCUCUCUGUUUUGCUAUCGUGCGGUCGUAAAUAAAGUUUGUAUAACCAGAGAUGCAAGGGGUCAGCAACAUUCAUCUCUCAAUUGGGUGUCUAAGUCGGCAUUACGGUGUGUUUGACCCUAACUUAAUUUUACUCCAGAAAAAACUUCUGCCUCGCAACAAGAGAGAUUUCCCUUCUCCUACCCCCUGUGUUUUCUGUCAGCCUUGAAUUCUGCUUUAAUGUCCUGAAAAACUCCACUUUAGGUAAUGUUGUUGAUCUUUACCUGUCUCCCCACUUCUCUUCAGGCCUCUCUGAUGCAUUGGCUGGGGUUUUACCACUAUAUCUGGUCAAUCAGACACAGCACAGAGGGCUUCGAGGGCAUGGUAAAAGGUAUGGAUAGUUCUGAUAGCGAUGGAGGCGUCAUGCCUGGAGUGAAAAUCAGCGACAUCACCUUUGCCGGCGUCCCGGUGCGGGUUUAUGAACCUCCGGCUGGAGGGGAGGGCCAUCUGAGGAGAGGGGUGAUGUAUUUCCAUGGAGGGGGCUGGGCUCUCGGCAGUGGAAGUGAGUACAGAAACAUUGAAUUAAGUCUUUGGGAAUGAUAACUGCUUUCUUAGUAAUCCAGAUAUAUUCAGUAGUUUCUUGAUUUAUGUCUGUGUUUGCAGGGACGGAUUUGUCCUGAUUCCACAAAAAGUGUAUUUGUUUUUUUUGUGGUUUGUGUCUGUGUGCAUAUCUUCUAGGAUAUUUCCAGUAAGUGGAAAAUUCAGACAGAAAGUAUUUUUGUUCACUUUCUUGCACUUUCUCAGAAAAGGGAUCAUAUGAUACAAUCAACAGGAUGAUGUCUGACGAGCUCAACGCCGUUGUGGUCUCUGUUGAGUAAGUGUGUCUCUUUCUGCAACACUGAUCUAGUGUUUUGACAAACUUUCUGCUCCGAGCAACAGAAACUGAUUUAUGUCUCCUUUCAGUCACUGAUGCGACGCCAGUAUUUUAAAAGGGUUGAUGUCUGUGUAGGUAUCGUUUAUAUCCAGAGGUGCACUUCCCAGAGCCGUAUUUGGACUGCCUCAAUGCUGCCAAGCACUUUCUGUCCAUGGAGGUUUUGGCUAGGUACGCCAUUGACCCUGAGCGCGUGGCUGUGUCGGGAGAUAGUGCGGGGGGAAACCUGGCUGCUGCAGUCUCUCAGGAGGUACGCUGACACACACACAAUGUUAUCUUGGAAUACGUGCAAAAUGUAUUACAAAAAUAUAACAUUUGUGUGCAGAGUCAAAACCAGUGUUGUUUUCAUCGACGAUUACGUUGACGAAAAUAUUUCAUCAAAGCCCCUUUUUUUCCACGAUGAAGACGUGCCAUGGACGAGCUAAACAUAAGUUUUAGAUUACCAAAAUGUGACGAGACGAAUGUGCGUUGACGAGACGAGACGAAAAUGUUAGUGGUGGACGACGAACAGAGUUGCAAAAUUAAUGAGCAUUUCGUCAGUCAAACGCUAAACUUAUAGGAGCAGCUUACGAAGUAUUUUCAUCAACAUCAUCGUCAACGAAAACAACACUGGUCAAAACACAACAAAAGUUAAAUCCCUACUCAUGAACCAUGAUCUUGUUUUUUUUUCCAUAUUUUAAAAACCAAAUAUUGAUCUAAAGUAUUGGAAGUCAGUACUAAACAUGGGCAUUGUAUUUGAGUUUUUGUAGGAUAAAACCACUGGCUGCUCUUAACAGCUUGUUUUGAAAGUCAUGCAAUGAUGAUGCAAUAGGUAGUUACUCAAUUUGUGAUGUCACAGAUUGGUGAAAUAAACGGAUCUUUUGCUCUGUCUGCUGUUGAACAAGAUUUUCAUGGGCCAAACUUUCACGUUCAGAUUUGGGGUCCGUAUUUCAUAAUUUGCCAUUUUUUGCCAACUGGUUUAACUCAAUGAUGCCAGUGUGGCAACAGUGGAAGAGGCUUCCAGAGAGCUAGACAAAUGAAAAAGAAAUUUGAGAGAGGCCCAAGAGACAGAAGCUAUAAUGGAUCUGUUCAUACAGGAGCUGAACUUGAGGUUUUAGGGUCCUCAGGUCUCAGAAGAAGGUAUAUCUGUGUGUCAUCUGAAUAGUGAUGAGGAGGGACUUAGUAGCGCUGAAUUAUUCGGCCAAGGGGGUAGCAUAUAAAUAGAAAAUAAAAUUGGACCUACCUCUGAACCUUGUGGUACACCACAGGUAAUGGUAGCGAUAGAGGAGGAGUAAUUACCUGUGGUGUCCAUAGGUUUAUCUGUGGUUACUGCAAAGGUUCACUCCAGAAGAUAAGGAUAAAGCCAGCUAAGUGCAAAGUCUCUAUUGCCUACUCAGUUCUUAAGACGCUCAGUUAAAAUAUUGAUCAAUGUUGUGUUUUGUGAUAUUAAGAAAGACCCUGCAAUCUUAGAUUAAAGCCGAAUGACCACGGACAUUACCUCAUCAAAUAGAAAAAGCUAAUAUGAUGCUCAGUAAGUUCCUUUUAUGUUAUAUUAUUACCCAGAUUUCCUCAGACGACACAGUGAGCACAAAGUUCAGCGUCCAGGCGUUGAUCUACCCCGUGCUCCAGGCUCUGGACUUCAACACGCCCUCCUACCUGCAGAAUCAAUACAUACCCAUCCUCUACCGGACUGUUAUGGUCCGCUUCUGGCUGCAGUACCUGGGUGCAGACCUCUCCCUGCAGCCCCAGUUUAUGGUGAACAACCACAGCUCCUUAAAACACUCAAGCAUCACCCCUGAGCUGAGGGCCCGGCUCGACUGGACCGUCCUCCUGCAACCAAAAUACAAGAAGAGCUAUAAGCCCGUGGUGGUAGAGAAAGGCUCUGAGGGAACGGUGAAGGAGGUGCCAGGUCUGCUGGACGUGAGAGCUUCACCGCUGUUAGCAGGAUCAGAGGUUUUGGCUAAAUGUCCGCGAGCGUACAUCCUAACCUGUGAGUACGACGUGUUGAGGGAUGACGGCCUGAUGUAUGCGCGGCGCCUACAGGACGCAGGAGUCACAGUAACCAGCCUCCACUACGAGGACGGCUUCCACGGGUGUUUUAGCUUCAUAGUCUGGCCGUUGGAUUUUGAUGUGGGGAGAAGAGCGGUGAGGGGAUACAUCGAAUGGCUCAAGAACAACUUGUAAAAAUGUGAAGGUGUAUGAACGAAUGAGUCGAAGCCUCUUUUUGGGUGCAUGGAUGUGUGCAUGUGUGAUUUAGUGAUACCAAAUGCACCAGUUGUUGCUUUGUGAAUCACAGAAUAGUCCAUAAACUGUUUAUUUAAAAAAAAAAGAUCUAUGCUCAGGACCCUCCUGUACCUGCAGAUACACACACACACACACACACACACACACACACACACACACACACACACACACACACACACACACACACACACACACACACACACACACACACACACACACACACACACACACACACACACACACACACACACACCAGCUCAGUACUUCUAAAGUUUACUUGAUGAUUGCAAGAUGACCAAAGGAUUGCAGUAGAGAAGGUGAACUAAUCUAACGUCACUUCAACUAACACUGUGAACCUUCAACAAACACACAAACUAAAUGCAUAGAAAUAUGACAAACAGACUCAAUUUUACUUCACAGUCUUUUGUUAUUUAUGUUCUAGAUGUACGAGACACAAAACAGAUCAAAAACUCAAGUUUGUAGCAGUUUGAUAAUAUGAUUCAGCAGGUUGUGUUAUCAGAUCAUUUGAUUGAUGCAAAGUCAGAGCUGAAAGGAUGUAAACGGAGUUGUUUCGCAAUACUUUGAUGGCUCUUCAUGAUGAUGUUGUAACUAUUUAAAUAAGAUGUAGUUUUAAAAGUUCGGGGGUCGUAACCUUUCUUGAGAGAAGCACUUAGUUUUAUUGUGUGUUAUACAUUUCACACAGCUCUAGUUAACAUUCAUGUUGUACGUCUUUUUCCACAAGAAGCCGAUCUUCCCUGACAGACUUGAAAACCUCAGACCAAAUGCACUAUUGUCUUUCAGUGUCAUUCCAUUUGUCAGAUUCAUUCCUACUCAAAUAUCAUUGUUUGUUUGUGAACAAAUCGUUAUGUGAAGAAUAAUGACUUUUUAACCCUGUGAAAUGACAUGAAUGGAGCCCCUGCAUGUUAAAGUGGCAUCUGUUAUCAUGUGCGCAAAAAUUCUUAUAUUGUUCCUGCAGAAUUUAUAAUGCUGUACGCACAAAAUGACUGCAAUACAUUGUGCUUACAAGAUGCUAACUUGUGAGCACAAGAUAAUAAUGUGCAAAUGAUGUUAUUAUCACAGCUUGUCCCCACAAGAUCAUUCUAAUGUGCACACAAAGAAACCAGCUUGUUCCUGUUAGAUUAUAUGUUGCUCUCACAUUAUAAAAAUAGCUUUCUUGUGGGGGGCUGUUCUGGCCUAGUGGUCUCAGCACAUGGUCUGUAUUUGUUAGUUAUGCCUCAAGCAGGCUGCCUGGGUACAGUUCCAGCCUGCGGCUCCUCAUUAACAUGUCACCCCUCACUCUCUCCUCCAACUUCCUGCUCUAUCCACUGUACUUUCUUCAAAAAUAAAAGCAUAAAAGCAAAAAAAAAAAACAGUUUUUCAGGGCUUCAGGGGCUCCAUUUUGGUAAAUCCUAGAUUAAAGUUGGUAGUAGUCUUUUAGUAGCUGUGUGUAAUCUGCCAUGAUAUCCACUCUGCUGGAUUAACUCCUAAAAAGACUGAAAAGUACCAGCACAUAUGUUCAAGAUGAGUACAUGUCUGUUUUCACUGAACAUCUACAAGGGCUUUAAAAGCAAGUUUUACAUCCAAAUCUAAAAUUUUACUUGAUUUUAAAUAUUCUUUUUGUGGCAGAAUUACUCCCACAGUGUCUUGGUUCUUCCUACUUUUGUCAAUAAAACACAUAAAGUCCCUCUUAAAAGACAGUUUUGUUAACUUUUACCUUUACACUGCUAUGCAAUAAAAGUUUUAUCUGCCAUAUUCUCAA